ACGCUAUUGAUGCCGAUGUCAACUAUUCGGCGGGAAACAGCGAGAUAACGGAGGAAUCGAUCUAGAAGGAAAUUUUUUGCAAAACGUCUGAUUUUCUUGGAUAACAGCUUGAUUAAUAUUUGUCCGAUAGUAUUGAUAACAAACUAAAAUCAUGUACGAUUUGACGGAAGGAGCGUUGGAGCAAAUCAUGCGGGGCGUAGAUGUUGAAAAACCGAUUCUCCAAGUAUUGGGUUUCAAAAAACUACCGAAAACUGUUAGUAAGGAUGGUUCCAGUACAGAUCGAUAUAGAUUACUGUUGUCUGAUGGGCAGAGAUUAAACUCGUUCACUAUGUUGGCGACUCAAUUGAAUAACCUCAUUGAAGAAAAUAUUUUAACCGAGUUUGCGAUCUGCGAGAUAUUAAACUAUCACUUGACUGCAGUGAACAAUGGCGGCAAAGAAAAACGUUUGAUAUUGAUCCUGGGCCUUGAGGUCAUAGUUUCUGGCAACGAAGUCGGCUGUAAGUUAGGCAAUCCAACUAAUAUAGACUCGACUGUAACGGAGGCUGAGUCAUCCUCCUCUACAUCUACAUCUGUAUCUACAACUACAUCUACGCGUUAUCAAACUAAUGGUUCAGUUAGAAGUGGUACUUCACAUCAAGCUUCUUCUGAUAUAUCCACGACACCAAUCGCGGCAUUAAGUCCUUACCAAAACAGAUGGGUGAUCAAGGCUCGUGUGACGAGUAAAUCUGGGAUCAGAACAUGGAGCAAUUCUCGCGGAGAAGGCAAACUUUUCAGUAUGGAUCUAAUUGACGAAAGCGGUGAAAUUCGAUGUACUGCAUUCAGAGACAUGUGUGAUAAGUUUUAUGACAUGAUAGAGCCUAAAAAUAUAUACUACAUCUCGAAAUGUGCACUGAAGGCGGCGAACAAGCAAUUCAAUACACUGAAAAAUGAUUACGAGAUGACGAUGACCAAUGAAACAGAGAUCAUACCAUGCUUUGAAAACAGUGACGAUAUCCCGACACUGCAGUUCAACUUUGUUUCCAUAAAUCAAAUAGAAAACAAGGAGAAAAAUGACAUAAUAGAUGUCUUAGGCGUCGUAUCGAGCGUCAGCGAUAUUGUACAUCUCACGAGGCGAACUACUGGUCAAGAUCUCGUGAAGAGGGAUCUUAACAUCGUCGAUGACAGCGGUACGAUGGUGUGUGUUACAUUAUGGGGAAAGCAGGCUGAAGACUUUGAUGGUUCUAACAAUCCGGUUGUCGCAAUUAAAGGAGCACGCAUUGGCGAAUUCAAUGGCGGAAAGAAUUUAUCUCUUAUAAAUUCAUCUGUCAUUGAAAAAGAUCCUGAUAUUCCUGAAGCACAUAGGCUUAUCAGAUGGUAUACUGCAGGUGGCCAUUCGGAGACUGUUAAAUCAUUGUCUAGAGCAGGUGGAAGUGGUGAUUCCAACGCGCCAUUGUACACGUUCCAAGAGAUAGCCGAAGCCCGAUUGGGAGAGAAAAUGGGUUCUCCAGAUUUGUUUUCAGUGGUGGCGACCAUUAACUUGGUCCGCGUAGAGAACUCUAUCUAUAAAGCAUGUCCUGUAGAAAGUUGCAAGAAGAAAUUGAUCGAUCAGUCCACUGGUAUAUUUCGAUGUGAAAAAUGUAAUAAGGAUUACCCGAAUUUUAUGUACCGUUUGCUGCUAUCUAUGAAUAUAGCAGACGCGACAGGCAGUCGCUGGAUAACUGCCUUCAAUGAGGAAGCCGAGAAGAUAUUGGGGGCAUCAGCGCAAGAAUUGGGAGAAUUGAAAGAGACUGAUAACGAUGCCUACAUGCAGAAAUUUGGAGAGGCGAGCUUUAAGAGAUUCACAUUCACUUUGAGGGCAAGAACAGAAGUUUUCCAGGAUGAAAUGAGGCUAAAAUUCCAAUGUACAUCAGUCGCGCCGCUUAAUUACAGAAAUUACCUGGUAUACUUGAUAGACAAGGUCUCCAAGCUAGUUCACAUCGAAAAAUUGGAUAAUUAGAUAAGAGUUG